AGAUGAUUUCUCAAUUUUUACGUAAGAUAAUCAUAAAAUUACCAUCUUGGUUGGUAGAAAAAGGCAAAAAGCUUAAGGCUUUGACGUUGGCACUGGCUCUGAAAAGGAAAAGACCGGUUUUUAGUGGUUAAGUAAUCCUGCCCCCCGCGGAAAUUUGGGGUGAAAGGAAAAAGCCACCCAAAAAUUUGAGAUGAGUGUUGGGGAGAGAGAGAGAAAGAGACCCCAUCUCUGUUAAGUAUGUGGGGGGCCCAUUAACCCAACCCUGAGGGAGAAGUGGGGUCUGUCUCACUUGCAAAACCCAGCUGUGUCUUCUUCAUAUUCUCUCAUCAUUCAUUUCAUUGACAUCUACCCCAGUUGAGAUCUGUAUCCUUGCUUUCUACUGCAAGGAAGAGGCUGCACUGCAGCCGCUUUUAAUCCUUUUUGUUUGUCUUGGGAGAAGUGGAAGCAGGUCCUUUGAGAGAUCUGGCCUUUGCAAUUGCAGAUCAAAUUGAGGAAUGCUAAGGAGAUGGGGAGGAAAGGAAAAUGGUUGUCUAGUCUAAAGAAAGCCUUCAGCCCUGAGUCCAAGGAAAAGAAGCAUCAGAAAUCAAAGGAGAAUUUGUUCGGGAAGCAGAAGGAUUUGGAGCCCACUGCUUCUGAACCAACCACUUUUGAAACUGUCAAGUUACCUCAUCCUCAACCUGAAGAGGUGACAUUAACUGAAGCUGAGAAUGGGCAGAACAGCCAACCUUCCCACCCAGCUGUCACUAUUGCCACGCCUGAUGAUGCUCCUGUUGCCACCUCUGAGACUGCUGUUGAGUUCAUUCAACCACCAACAGUCAAUCAGUUUGCUGGAAAAUCAGAGGAAGCAGCAGCAAUCAAGAUUCAAACAGCAUUCCGAGUACAUCAGGCUAGAAGGGCAUUGCGUGCUUUAAGAGGGCUGGUUCGGCUGAAGUCACUAAUGGAAGGGAAUUUUGUGAAAAGGCAAGCAGCUAACACCCUUCGGUGCAUGCAAACUCUUUCUCGUGUGCAGUGCCAGAUUCGUACUAGGAGGAUCAGAAUGACAGAAGAGAACCAGGCUCUUCAACAACAACUUCUACAGAAACACGCAAAAGAGCUUGCCAACUUGAAGAUCGGUGAAGAAUGGGAUGACAGCCUGCAGUCAAAGGAACAAAUUGAAGCAAGCCUACUAAGCAAGCAUGAUGCGGCUAUGAGAAGAGAAAAGGCCUUGGCUUAUGCAUUUACUCAUCAGCAAAAUAUGAAGAAUCCUUCAAAAGCUCCAAAUGCAUUGUUCAUGGAUCCAAGAAACCCCACCUGGGGUUGGAGCUGGUUGGAACGAUGGAUGGCAGCCAGGCCAUGGGAGGGCCGCAGUAUUUUAGAAAAAGAACUGAAUAAUGACCUUUCAUCUGUGAAGAGUGGAAGCCGCAGCAUUAUGGGAGGAGAAUUCACCAAAUCUUCCCCAACACCCAGCCAAAAGCCAAGCCUUCAAUCCCCAUCAACUCCAAAGCAAGCAACCUUUACACUUUCCCGGAAGCUGAAGGCAGCUAGCCCAAGAGGCAAUGGCGGGGCACAAGAUGAUGACUGUAAAAGCAUGGUCAGUGUGCAGUCAGAGCGACCUCGGAGACAUAGCAUUGCAGGCUCGUCAGUUCGUGAUGACGAGAGCCUUGCUAGCUCUCCAUCAGUUCCAAGUUACAUGGUACCUACUCAAUCUGCAAGAGCCAAGACCAGGUUACAGAGUCCACUGGGGGCAGAAACAAAUGGGACACCAGAGAAAGCAACAAAUGGGGUUGCAAAGAAACGACUUUCUUUUCCACAGUCCCCAGCCAGGCCAAGGAGGCAUUCAGGCCCACCAAAGCUGGAAAACGGAAUUAGAAAUACAAAAACUGUGGUAAAUGGAGUGGAAAGUUGAGUUAUUUGAUUUGGCUUGAAAUGAAGUGAAGAAAGGGGAAAUUAUGAUCAUUGAUUUGUAGUCAAACCGUUAAUUCAUUCUGUUGUUUGGGGGGUGAAAUUGCUUCUAUUUCUACUUGUUCUUAUUAAUUUACUUACAAUUUUACAUUUACUAUUUUUUUUUUUCUACUUAUCAUUGCUUAUGUGACAUGAUUCGUGAUUGACAGUAAUUUAUGUCAAAAUUCAGGUGAUU